AUGACAAUUGGGGGUAAGAAAGCUCUUUGGGAUUCUUUAUCUAUUACCUUUUCUCCCCUGCAUGGUCAGUUUGUGGUUUUUGGAGGGGAUUUUAAUGCCAUUUCCUUUGAUGAUGAGAAAUUUGGGGGUAUUUUUCCCAAUAAGCGUAUCUUGGAGGAUUUUUCUACUUUUAUUCAGAAUAAUGAUUUGGUGGAUUGUAAAACCUUGAAUGGUCCGUUUACUUGGACUAAUAGGAGAAAAUAUUUCUCGCAGAUUGCUGAAAGACUUGAUCAUUUUUUGGUUUCUGCCAGUUGGAUUUCCUCUAAUGUGGAUGUUGUGGCUUUGGUUUUGCCUUAUGCUGGUUUUGAUCAUUUUCCGAUUCUUAAGAUUCAUGAAGAACUCGAAGUUCUUAAUACUACGGUUAUGAACUGUGGUAUGAAUUUUGCUACUUUUCAGAGACAUAAAAUUUUAAAUUCUCACUUUGAGGAGAUUCUUUCUAGAGAAGAAAUCUAUUGGCGUCAGAAAUCUAGGGAUCUAUGGUUGAGUGAUGGUGACAGGAAUACUAAAUUCUUCCAUUCUUUAGCUAAAUUAAAAAGGCAACACAAUAGGAUUUCCUGUAUUCAAAAUCUUGACGGAGUUGUUAUUAUAGAGGAGAAAGAGAUUGCUGCUGAGGCAGUUUGGUUUUUUAAGUCUCUGCUAUCUGAGGAGACAUCUGUCUUUAAUGAUAGCUUUGCUUUUGCUAUUCCUAGUCUAAUUUCUAAUGAGGAUAAUGUAAUGUUAAUGUCACCUUUCUCUAUUCCAGAAUUAAAGGAGGUUGUUUUUUUCAAUGGCACCUGGUCCCGAUGGUUUUACUGCUCUCUUUUUUCAAAAAUGCUGGCCUUUUCUUGGGGAGGACCUUCGCCUUGUUUUAGAAGAGGCUCGAUGCAAUAG